GUUUGGAAUCCAAAAACGAAACAGAACAUGCGGUGGCAAUACCGAUACGUGUAAUGAAAGUUCCUCUAUUGAUGUACAGUUUGAGUGUAAAAUUUGCGAGCAGAUUUGUCCAAACCAGUAUCAAGUGUAUAAUUACACAUUUAAUUGGAUUUGCCUGAAGAUCUACGUAAAUCUUAUGAAUCGAAGUGAUGCGGAGAAUACUUGUCGUCGUGACGGUGGGCAUCUUGUAAAUAUCGACUCUGAGCAAAAGGCUAAAGAUAUAGAAAAAUUACUGCACAAUCAUUCGAUAACUAAAGGCAUAUGGAUAGAUGGUAUCCGGUCUGAAGGCAGCCAUGAAUGGAGACACAAUGUUCAAACUACAAAUCCUUCAUUCACCUAUUGGGAUGAAACACAGGGCGAACCUCACUUACGUUCUGGUGAGCUGUGCAAGGUUUUCCAUUUUGGAGGGACAUCAAAAUUGUGGCGAUGGCACGAUGCAUAUUGUGAUUGGAAAUAUAAGUUUGCAUGUGAAAUAAUCAGGCAAAAAUAUUAAACAUGGUGUAAUUUGA